GUUAAUAGAAUUUGACUUGCGUUCUUUAUCAGAUUUUGUUGUAUAUUUACAAAGUUGCUAUGAAAACUGUUGUAUUGUUUACAAAUACAGAUUUUGUGAAUCACACGUGCUAAGUUACACGCCCCAUCACUUUCACAAUGAAAUUAACGCCAUAUUUCAUUUUACUCAUGAAACUGUGGAGAUUUAAACUUGUAAAUUUGAUGUCAUGGAGUUGGACAUCAGUAACCUCAAGCCCCCAACAGGGGACACAGCAUCCAUCUCUUCCACUGGUCGCAAACCAAAGAAGAAAAGUGUUCUGUCUAAGCUUGUCGAAAAGAAGCGCAGGUCAUCAGAGAGUGGAAGUGAAGUUGGAUCAUGUGUGUCAUUGCAAUCCAGUCAGACUCAAGAUGUCACAGAGGAGAGAAUGGAUAUCAGUGGGAUGGAGCAAAAUGAAUUGAAUUUAAAAGAGGACAAAAAUGUGAAAACAGAUGCAACCUCUGAUGACAAACUUGAAAAUUUCAACAACAACGAGGAAGGAGACAUGUCCAACAAUGCAAACAGCACAAGAUCAGGUUUACAGAGGGGGAGACGAGUGUCCGGCUCAAACUUGAGGAAAAAUCCUAAACCUGCACCCAGACUAAAGAAACCUGACCCAGAUCUGUGUGAUUGGGACCCUCCCCCGCCCCUAGAUGCCGACGACAACGAAAGCAACGGAAUCAAAGCUCCUUCCGAUGCUACCAUUCACAGGUUCAGGGCCUUGAAAAUGGCCAAUGAUCCAAAAGGAUCACUUGAGUCAUUGAAAAGUCUUCCUUUUCAACCUAAACCACCACAGACACCAAAAUCAGAAAAGAAAAGCAAAGGGAAAGGAAAUUCUAAAGGAGAGAAAAGAAACCACGAGGCAGGUUCCUCUGGUGAGGAAGUGGAGACCAAGUCCAAGUCCAAAAAGCAGUCCGCGUCAUACGUCAACCUGAAAACAGGAACAGAAAAGUAUGAGAAGUCAGAGGAGGAUAUUUAUAUGAAUGACAGUUUUAACAAGACUGCUAAUGCUGAUUCUGACAGUGUACAAAUGAACAGUCCUCGGGUUGCCAAAGCUUCCCGUGGACCCUUACCACCAGUCGCUCCCAAAUCUCAGCUCCCACCUCUUGGUGAUAUCACAUCGACAUCACUCAAAAUCACAAUGAAAACUGAUCCUUCAUACUCACCCCAGAAAUAUGCGGAGGAUUCAAGGACUGGGGACACCAUUUCCCAGAGAUCUCUCUCUGCUUCAUGUGCCAUGCUGCCCAUUGCUAUUGGAGAGGCGCGAGCGAGGACCGGGUCACGGGGCAAUGUCAGUGUCACCUCCUCCCUGGUGGGGGCCCCAGAGCUGGAGCGGUACUUCCCUGACCACCAACUCAAAAUCUGGGUCGGGAGCUGGAAUAUGGGCGACAUCAAGGAAUGUAAAGAUUCGCUUCAGGACUUCAUUUUACCUGUGGAAAGUGAAGUAAUGCAAGACAUAUAUGCAGUUGGAACUCAGGAAAACAAUUAUAUCAAAAAAGAUUGGGAGGUGCUGUUACAAGCCACGCUCGGACCUACGCACGUUCUGUACCACUCGUCCUCCCACGGGUCCCUACAUCUUGCCAUCUUUAUACGCAGAGAUCUCAUCUGGUUCUGUUCAGUUCCAGAAGAUGAACAAAUCUCCACCAGGGCUGUUACCAUGGUCAGGACCAAAGGAGCAGUUGCAAUCUCAUUUUAUUUCUUUGGAACUUCAUUUCUUUUUGUCAAUUGUCAUUUAACAUCUGAUGAUGGUCGUCUGAAGGACAGGAUAACAGAUUAUCAUAAAAUCACCACUAGUCUGAAGAUGCCAAAGUAUGCUCAUAAAGACCAGCACAGUGUUCAAGGCGAUGCUCUCAGUAAAUACGACAGCGUGUUUUGGUUUGGGGACCUAAAUUUCCGUAUAGACAAGGGACGUAACACAGUGGAAGACCUGGUCACCUCCAUAAUUGAACAGGAGCACCCAAACUUUGAAUUCCUUCUGGAGGGGGAUGAACUCAAUGACUGUAUAGUGAAAGAUCAAAUAUUCCAUGGCUUUCUUGAGGGACGAAUAAAUUUUAAACCUACUUACAAGUUUGAUGUAAAUAAAGAUGUUUAUGAUACAUCGUCUAAACUAAGGAUUCCUUCCUAUACAGAUAGAAUAUUAUUUAAAGCUAAGAAGAAGAACUCUAUUAGUUGUCACCACUAUGAUGCUGUAAUGAACUUGCGACUGUCUGACCACCGUCCGGUGUAUGGUCUCUAUGAAGCCACCAUUAAACCAGGCAGAGACAAUAUUCCAAUGGCAGCUGGACAUUUUGACAGAGAUGUUUAUGUGGAGGCCAAUAAGAGAUGGGACUUCAAGUUUGAAAAGGGGAAUAAAAAUCAGAAGAGUAGUUCUGUGUGUGCCAUACAGUGAGAGAUGAUAAAGGGAGGCAACUACAGAUGACCAAGUUCAAACGGUUGAGAUAAUCUGCUUGGACUGAGAAUGUUUACCUGAAGAAACAUGGAAAGUAAUGAUAUCCUAGAGUGUGAAAAAAGUUGAUAUCUGGAAAUGUUGAUAUCUCAGAAAUAGAUGUUGAUGAUAUCCUGAAGCAUGGAGAAUGUUGAUAUCCCGGAGCAUGGAGAAUAAAUAUAGAAAAUGUUGAUAUCAAGAAGAGUUACAUAUCUUGAUAUCAGGGGAUGUUGAUAUCAAGAAGUAUAGAGAAAGUUGAUAUUCAGGGCUGGGUUUUUCAACAGAACUUCUGACUUACGACCAAAUUAAUGAAUGCUAAUUAAAAACAAACUAAUAAAUGUUUCAUUGUCAUGGCUGUAAAAUAUUGUCAUGGACAUCAGAGUAAUUGUAUAAAUAUGGUUCUGUCUACGUAUUGUUCUUUAAAUAACAUUCCAUGGGACUGAAAAUAUUUGCAACUCUGUCGUAAGUUCUUUUGUAAAACGCAGCCCAUAAGUGUUACAGAUCUUGAUAUCAGAGAAUGUUUAGAGAGUUGGUGUAUGGAAUGUUAAACAUAGGUUGCAAACUAUGAAAUCUUGUGGCACUUGGACCUGAAACGGGAGAAACUAAUGGUGGUGCUAAAAGAUGGUGGAUAUUGAGGACACAGCCACCAUUGACUGCUGUUGUUAGAGAAAUUCAGGAGGCAUGUAUAGAGUGAACUCUGGUAAUUCACCAAGGCAGCAAAAGCCAGCCAACUGUUGGUAUUACAAGCUUGAAUGAAGUUUGGCUUGUACAGAGUUUGAUUCUGUUAGGAAUAGACAAUUAAUACACUGUGUCAAUUUAGAAAAAAAUUGUCAUAAGAAUUUACUGGUACUUGUUCUGAAUUUUAGGAUCAUCUUUAUCAUCAAAAAUUUAAGUUACAAAAAAAACCUUCCCAGAAAACUGUUAAAUUGGUACUAAAAUGCCCUACCAGACAUCCAUCUUUAAUCUAUUUCCAAGUACAAAUGUAUUCUAAUAUUGUGUUUGACCUGUUAGAUAAACAAGAUAGGAAAUAUUCUUGUAUUUGAUCAUACAUUUUUGAAAGCAAAGUCUUAAGGUUUAGUCAAAUUUAAGACAUCAGCACUUAAAACAUCCGAGGAGGAAUAGAUAUGUAUAAUCCUGUUUAUUAUAGGUUGUUCAUUACAUGUUGUAUGUCAUACAUGUAUAUUGUAAUGCUAGUCACUAUACCCAUGUAGAUCCAAAGAUCUGAAUUAUUCUAUUACAAACACUUAUUCCACUAGUAUGAGAAUCAAGGUGUGCUUUGUAUAUUUUAUUAUGUCUCUGAAUUUAUAUAAUGAUACUUUUGAUGUUGCAGUCAAUCAUGUAUUUUUUUUAUUUUGGAAGCAAUUUUUUUUCUGUUUCUCUGACUGACAGAAUUUUUGUUUUAUCUUUUCCACUAAAAAAGAAAAAUUGAGAUAUUUUUUUAUCAUGUUGGACAUUAAAUUUUAGAGUGAGAUUGUAUUUUAUUUCUCAGAAUGUUGUGAUUUUUUUUUAUUUUGCCAGUUUUGUUUUAAUGUUGGAUGUUUUAUUUCUAUCUUUGGGUCAUUAUUUAAUAUUUAAAAGGGCAUUUAAAAAAUGAAAAUGUUUUUGAAAUUUGAUUUGUGAAGUUAAUUUUAUGAAUGAUUUUUUUUUUUAAGGAUUUUAUUUUUGCAAAAUAAGUUUGAGCUUUGAAAGAGAGAAAGUUGCUUGAAUUUUGUUUAUGUGCUUUUAUGUGUUUAGACAGAAGGGGCAUGUUUUGGGGAUUCAAUUUGUGAUUUUAAACAGUGAUGAUGUGAGAACAUUUACAAAUAUGAGGUCAGAAGUCAGGUCUUUUUUGUUUGGAGGGAGAGGUUACAUGUAUGAUGUUGUGUUGUAGAAGUGAGAAUGAUAUCAGAUCUUAUUUUGAUUUGUUCAUGAGGAAGAGAGAGGUCUUAUGCUAUAUAUUGUGAGGAGUGCUAUAUUUAUUAUUGAUACAACGCUGAGUAGUGCCAAAACUUUGUUUUCAAUGUAUUCAUUCACAAGAAAAUGAUUGUCUGCUUGGAAAGGAGGUCUUUUUAGUUUAUUCAAUGUGGCAGUCUUCUUUUGUCCGUCCAGAACUCUUAUUAUUUGAAAAAUGAAAUGAAACUUAUUCUCUAUUCCCUCUUGCCUAAGUUUCCCCCAGAAAGCUGUGUCAAGAGAAUAUCAAUGUUGCCUGACUUAACUUUUCUAUAAAGGAAAUAUUGUUAGAAAAUUAUAUUUUUUAUGUUAUUCCUUGAAAAUGUC